UUGCUCCGAGUACAAGACCUCACACCUUCGAUAAAGCCGUUGCUUGUGGCUGGUCACUGAAAUUAAACUGUAAUAAUCAUUGAGCUUUUCUCUAGUUGCAUAGAAUUUCUGUCAACUUUACCAUGCAGUGUUCGAACAAUGGCGCUGUGUUCAUACCCGCAUUUAUACUCUUGUUGCAGGUAUUUUCGGCAGUCCAAUCGCGUGAGUAUAAUAUUUUACACAUGCAGCUCACGAAAUGUCACUAACGAAGAUCAUUCGUCAACUGAACUUCUUUCGCUUGAUUGCGGUAGAAAUUUAGGCCAACCGUUACGCGAUGGAUCCAAGACUGAAUUAUCCGAGUUUCCAUGGCUAGUCUUGGUGGAGUUUAUAGAACCCAACGGCCAGGUGACGAUACCGUGCAACGGAGUGUUGAUCAGCAAACGUUACGUGAUGACCGCCGGUUAUUGCGUUAGGAGAACCAACGCGCCUUCAUCAACAUCUCGGAACCAGAUGACCGUUCGUCUUGGCGAGUACGAUUUGGUCAAGAAGAAGGACUGCGUGCAGACCAUGAACGGCAGUGAGUCGUGCUCGGAUGACCCAACGAGGAUCAAUGUCGAGGAGGCGACAGUCCACGAGGACUAUUCGCCAAACUCACCGGGACAUUGGGACGACAUUGCGCUUCUGAGACUGUCGCAGGACGUGACAUUCACCAAAUACAUUCAGCCUGUCUGUCUUCCGUCGAAAUCGGCGAGUGCUGAUGAGGGCGAGUUCUACGUGGUUGGCUGGGGCUGGACGAAGGAUUCCAAGGAAAAUCCCUACCCUGAGAAGCUGAAAUUCAAGCUUCCAACGGUUGACUUUGAGCGAUGCUUAAGCCUCUUUCCAAACGCUAGAGAAGGUCAAUUCUGCGCUGGCGGUGCACCGGCGGAUAAUUUUUGCGUGGGUCACGGAGGCGCUCCUUUGAUGAAUUUGGAGAAGACCAACGACGGAGACACGCGAUGGACCGUUUCGGGCAUAGUUUCAUUCGGUCGGACUAAUUGCAUCGGCUAUGACUCGCCGGAGGUCUACACUAAAGUAGCUCGUUACGUACCCUGGAUACUCUCGAAAAUUAGGGCAUAAGUCCGUGCCGAUUGACUAACGAAAUCGAACAUCUUAUCUGACUUUUUAUUCAAGGUGUGUACCUGCAAUGUCACGGAAUAUCGGCGUUAAUUGAAAUGCGUUGUCAAAUCUUGGAACAAAUCUUUGUAUCUCGUGAUGAAGCCAGCGAGAUAUUUUUUUUUUUUUUUUUUAAUUAAAGUUUAAACGUUUUCGCACAAAAUCUUUGUAUUAUGAAAGUAAUUAAUAAUAGAGGUCAAGAACUAAGUUAAUCGUGAAAGUAAUUGACUCGAACCAAACAAAUAAAAAUUAACGUUGAAAGGGUUCAGUCCGUACAGUCUGCUCCAAGAGUACAGGCUUAUGGGGGGGGAUGGAUUUUCACGUUUGUGAACCGAAUAAUGCAUAAAUAUCGGAAUAUAGUUGUACAUUUUUUUGCGUUAGUUUUGUUAUCGUUAAUGAACGAGUUUAAAUUAUCCGCUGAGAGAUGAUUUAUUAUUAACCGGGCUAUGUACGGCGUUUCGUGUUAUGGGAUUAGUCACAAACACGCUGGAUUCGGGACGGGGUUGUUGAUAAACAAGACGGGUAACGAUUGCUGUAAGCUGAUAGCGAAGAACAGUCUUGGCCGGGCAACGAGACGGAUCGUUCUUGAUCUCGUGACUGUGAAUUCGUAGACUUUCCGGUAACAGCCAGAAAACUAAUUUUCAUUUUUUACCUAGAACUAUAUUUUGUCGAUCGCGGUAAAAAAUGAAAAUAGUCAAGGACCGAGCGGUAACCGGAAAUAAAAAUUACUCUCAGUGUAUCGAGAGCAAAAUCCUUUCGUGAAUUCAUAACCGGCAGAGAGUGUCGAUGUGUAUAAUAAUAAAUACAAUUAUACCAAUCA